ACCCACUACUACUACUAUUUUUUAUUUUUAUUUUUUUCGAUUUUCACCCAAUGUUAGAUAGAUGCAAACAAAAGCAUAGGCAACCAGAGUGAUGUUGAGGUUUCAGCCAUAGAAGAAGACAGUCUUCUCUCUCUCUCUCUCUGCUCUCUGUGUGUAUUUUGAUACUUUGAUUGAACACAUGAAAAGGCUUUUGUAAGAAUUUGACUGUAAUUAAAGAAACGGCUGCCAUUAUCUGCACCUCUUUACAAUUACAGUUGGUGUGCUCUGAAGAAGACAUUAAUGGGAGAAUUCAUGGCGUCAAGUCUGUAAAGGCGACACGCAGAGUACUUGCAGAGAAUCGAAGAUCGUUGAAAAUUCAACCAGACGAAGCUCUGUGUAUAAAUUGGGCAGAAGAACCAAAAACCACGAAGAAUAUUGCAUGAUUGCUGUUGCUUUUUCAUUCUUUCCCCAUUUACGAUCAUUCACCCAUUUUCUAGAAAUCUUCCUUCCGCCCGUCAAUCUUCUCUCUCUCUCUCUCAUAUAUAUAUAUAUAUAUAUAUAUAUGUGCGGUUGGGCUUUCUCUCUCCAUCGCUUCAAGUUUGCAGGAAUUUCUGCGACUGGAUUUUGAAUUUUGGGGGAUUUGAACGUUGACUUUGGGCGUGCGUUUUAAAUUGGUCCUUGAGAUUUUUCUGCGGUUCUGGAAUUCAAUAAUUCCAAUGGUCGUUCGGAGCUCUGCAGUUGCAGUAAUCCCCCACGGUUUCAUUUUUGUCUGUUCUGCAAUUUAUUGUGCUGUAAACCUGUAGGAAUUAUUGUUGGCAGUUAAAAUUAGACGAUUCAUUCGGUUCCUUCCGUGUUCUUCGUCUUCUUCGUCUGCGUCGAUUACGUCUGCAGCGAUUUUCUUAUUAUAAUUAAAUUUUAAUCGGUUAUGUAUUUGAGCACUGAUGCGAAUGGUGUCAAUGAACAUUGAUGACUCCAUUGCCGAGCUAUAUUUAAAUUGCGUGAUUUGAGGAGAAGAGACGGAUGGAUUCAGCUAGGAAUUGGUUGCAGAGGUUUCAACCUCGGGAUCGAUUAAGGCCUUCAAUCAAGCGGGAGCCAGUGGGCAGCGAAAGAGAGGAAAGGAAGCCACUUACCCCCGAGGAAGCAUCGAACCUUACGAAACAAAGAGUGGCUGCUGCCAAGCAGUACAUUGAAAAUCACUACAAGGAGCAGAUGAAGAAUCUUCAGGAUCGAAGAGAACGACGAAGUUUACUCGAAAAGAAGGUCGCCGAUGCUGAGGUAUCGGAGGAAGAUCAGAACAACCUGUUUAAAUUCUUGGAGAAGAGGGAAACUGAAUACAUGCGCCUCCAACGACACAAAAUGGGCGUUGAUAAUUUCGAGCUUCUAACCAUGAUCGGGAAGGGUGCUUUCGGCGAGGUUAGGAUUUGCCGGGAAAAAACAUCCGGCUCUGUAUAUGCAAUGAAAAAGCUUAAGAAAUCAGAGAUGCUUCGUAGAGGCCAGGUCGAACACGUGAGAGCGGAAAGGAAUCUGCUAGCUGAAGUGGACAGCAAUUGCAUAGUCAAAUUGUACUGCUCUUUCCAAGACGAAGAGUAUUUGUAUCUUGUUAUGGAGUAUCUUCCCGGCGGAGAUAUGAUGACACUACUGAUGAGAAGGGAUACUUUGACUGAAGACGAGGCCAGAUUUUACGUAGCAGAGACGGUUUUGGCGAUUGAGUCUAUCCAUAAACACAAUUACAUACACAGAGACAUUAAGCCUGAUAAUUUACUACUUGAUCGACACGGCCAUUUAAGAUUAUCGGAUUUUGGUCUGUGCAAGCCUCUGGACUGCAGCAUUAUUGAAGAAGAUUUCUCCAUUGGAGAUGGCAGCGGCGCUUCAAACUUUGAUGGAUUGUCGGCACCCAAACGCACACAGCAAGAGCAACUGAAACAUUGGCAGAAAAAUAGGAGAAUGCUUGCUUAUUCGACUGUUGGCACACCCGAUUACAUCGCUCCUGAAGUUCUGCUUAAGAAGGGUUACGGAUUGGAAUGCGACUGGUGGUCGCUUGGGGCUAUCAUGUAUGAAAUGCUUGUAGGGUAUCCGCCUUUCUAUUCCGAUGAUCAGAUGUCAACAUGUAGGAAGAUAGUAAACUGGAAAGCAUAUUUAAGAUUUCCGAAGGAAGUCAAACUUUCUUUCGAGGCGAAAGAUCUGAUAAGUAAGCUACUAUGUAGCGUCGACCAGAGGCUCGGCUCAAAAGGCGCAAACCAAAUUAAGGCACAUCCUUGGUUUAGGGGAAUCGAAUGGGACAACAUAUACCGAAUGGAAGCUGCAUUUGUACCAGAAGUUAAUGACGAACUUGACACUCAAAAUUUCGACAAGUUUGAAGAGUCGGUGCACCACACGCAAACUUCGUCAAAAUCAGGUGCUCGGAGUAAGAUGCUUUCGCCGAAAGACAUCAAUUUUGUUGGAUACACGUACAAGAACUUUGAAAUCGUGCAUGACUACCAAGUUCCGGGAAUGGCUGAGCUAAAGAAGAAAAAUUCCAAGCCGAAGAGGCCAACUAUCAAAUCACUUUUCGAAGACGAAUCCGAGACAUCCUAGAUCAGCAGCCAGUAAAUCAUCAGUUCCUUAAUUGUCUUAACAUCAAGUUGUGUGCCUCAGUCGAUGACUUCUUCGACAGGUUAGCCUGUAAUGAGCAUCUUCGUAAUCGCGGAAGAGAUCCGACGGCUGGCUAUCUGAAACUUGAAUCAUAGUUUACCUGAUAGUAGUGUUUAUUAGCUGAUGUCUGUACUUACUUUGUCUGCCUGUUGGAAACAUAAUCGAUCGAUCGAAUUUAACAGAGCUAAUCUUGAGCUGAAUCUGUGUGUCUGUUUAUAAAAACGCCAAAAUCUUUCGA